AUGGGUUCCUACGUGAGGCUAUGGACUUGGCUUGUUCUUUGUGGAUGCUUCUGCCUCGUCGGCUUGGAAUUGGGGCACCAUGCAGUGGAGUCAGCACGACUAGCAGCAACAAUAGCAGCGAAGGAUGAGGCAGCCGCUAAACGAGACCAAGCCAAGAGUGCCGAGGAGCUUCAGAAGGAAAAGGAACGGUUCGAAAAGCUAACCCGUGAAAUCGAAAACCUGUUGCAAGACAGCAAGGAUUAUAAGAAAGCACUGCUUAGGAAGCAACAGGAAGAGGAGGCUCGAGAAUUCACUCCCCAAGAGCUUGAAGACACAGCUUUAUGGCGGAAAGAGUAUGAAAAUUUCAUAAACGCAGGGGAGCACAAGGAACGUUGGGAAAGGUUAGGCAUUGUGGCUGCUGUGGGUGCGGCUGCUAGUGCCGGCCUCGCUGCCUACGGCAAGGCACACGAAAACAUGGGCGGAGUUGUGCGAGACCCUUCAUCAGCUCAGCUGGUGAAGCAUGCAGGGACAACGGCUCUGCUAGGCGGGUCCCUGGCCCUAAUCUCUUGGCUUAUGCGCCGCCAGAACAAAAAGAAGCAGAAGCUGCACAAUGCUAGACUAGCGCGCAUGCAGUUCGAAGCGAGGACUGGGCUUAAACCCUCCGAUGAGAACGUGCUCGGGCCAGAUGAAUCACUAAUACUGAUUCCACCCAAGAAGAAGCACGAGAAGAAGGUUGAUGAGUGA